AUGGCGGAAUGUCCAACCCGUUCUCACUACCGGGAACAACAACGGUUCGAGAAAUCAGACAUAGGUACCUCGACAGAGAUUCCAAUUAUCCAGCAAGAUACAACGCACUCUGAUUUCCCAGAGGGAGGACGACAGGCAUGGCUUGUGGUCUUUGGAGCAUGGUGUGCUUUGUUUUGUACAUUUGGUCUUAUUACCUGCAUAGGCGUGUUCCUGGAGUACUACAAGAACGGACCACUAGAAAAAUACACUGCCAGUCAGAUAAGCUGGAUCACAAGUGUACAGGUGUUUCUUCAGGUCGGAAGCUCGAUCUUGUGGGGACGUCUGUAUGAUUCGUAUGGUCCUAGAUGGCUACUUCUACUUGGAACUCCUCUCUAUUGCUUUGGACUUAUGAUGACCUCUCUGUCGACGCAAUAUUAUCAAAUCUUUAUCUCUCAGGCCAUUUUAAGUUCGAUCGGGUCCGGGGCUGUCUUCAAUGCUAGCCUGACCUCCACAACGGCCUGGUUCUACAAGCGCCGAGGCACGAUAUUCGGUAUUGUGAACUCCGGAUCGUCCCUCGCGGGGGUUGUCUUGCCUAUCAUGAUGACCCGGUUGUUCCAAUCGAUUGGGUUCAGCUGGACUCUCCGUGUCCUCGGCUUCAUGUUCUUGGCUCUCUGUGGUAUAGCAUGCGCAACGGUGAAGACUCGAUUGCCACCUAAUUGGCGUCCAAUCUCCGUCACGGACUAUAUCCGGCCCCUUAGGGAAUUGAAGAUGGUAUUGACUGUGCUUGGCGGGUUUCUAUACUUCUGGGGAAUGUUCCUGCCUUUGAAUUAUAUCAUUAUCCAGGCGCAGGCGAACAGGGUAUCACCCACGCUUGUUCCCUACCUCCUCCCGAUAAUUAUUGCAGUCAGCCUCAUCGGUCGACUACUUAUGGGCGUCGCCGCCGACCGUUUCGGGCGGUUCAACUGCAUCAUCGCCAUCACAGCCAUGUCUGGAAUCACGACAUUGGCUCUAUGGAUCCCCGGGAGCAAUAGUACAGCAGCGGUGAUCAUUUAUGCCGUAUGCUUCGGGCUUGGAUCCGGUGGCUAUGUGACGCUCUUCCCGUCGUGCGUGACUCAAAUCAGUGAUUUUGAGGAGAUUGGAACCGGGCUCGGGAUUGCGCAGUUGAUCAACGCCUUUGGCGCAUUGACUGGCUCUCCACUUGGGGGCGCCCUGAUCCGGGGUCAGGAUAGUAGCACUGAUUUUCUGGGUCUUCAGGUCUUCUGUGGCGUGACUAUGGUUGCUUCUGCUGUAGCAUUCUGCGCCGCGCGAUAUACUCAGGUUGGAAUGCGAAUGGCGAAGGUGUGA